AUGUAUGGACAGACCUCUAUCCCUGACGUGCCCGGCUACGUCUCUUUCAGGGCUGGUCACCGGAUUCAGUCCCGCAAGAUCUUGACGGGUGAUGAGGCGAAGCCAACAUUCGACGCAAUUCCGUCCAUUGAUGCUUCUCAAAUCUUCUCAGAAGACUUUCAAGAACGUAAAAGGCUCGCGGAGCAGAUUGGGAAGGCCGCUCAGGAUGUCGGCUUCUUCUAUCUGAUCAACCCGCCGGUAUCUGGGGCGAAGAUGGAUGCCGCCUUUGCAGCGUUGGCCAGAUUCUUUGCCCUCCCAGAGGAUGUCAAGAUGAAGUAUCAUGUCAACAACAGCCCAGCUUUCAAGGGUUUCAAUCCUGUCAACCCCGACGAGAAGAGAGCAGGCUUUGGAUCAGCCCGAGAGACAUUUAGCUUGGGCAGAGACUAUACGGACCCUGAGCAACAUUCCAUCAAAGUCGCUCCACCUGGCACCGUCUCCCUCAAUCAAUGGCCGGACGCAGACCUCCCUGAGUUCCGUCGUGACAUUUACGCCUACUUCACAGAAGUCUAUGCCUUCGCAGCGAAGCUAGUACAGAUAUUCUCGCUCGCUCUCGGACUCGAGGAGACAGCGUUGGACGAAUUCUUCAAGUUUCCUUUUACCGACAUCACCAUCAAUCACUAUCCACCACAGGCCGGUGACGAUACAUACAGACAGGUCCUGUUUCCUCACGCUGACUAUGGUGCUUUUACACUACUGGCUCAGAAGGAAGUCAGUGGACUGGAAGUGUUGAACGCCAACGCAAUCUGGGUGAAGGCACCUGUCGUCGAACACGCCUUCGUCGUCAACACCGGGAGCUACUUCGAGUUGAUAUCAGGCGGCCGUUGGAAGUCGACUGUCCACCGUGUCUGCGCAAGGGCCAACACUGACCGAACCUCGCUUCCGUUCUUUUUCUCGCCGAGUCCUAACACCACCAUAUAUCCGAUGGUGGCUCUUGAAGACAAUGACCUCGAGGAUCAACUUACCUACGACCUCAGCGGGAUUCCCUACCUCGGAUCCAAGCCAGAGCAGAGCCCGUAUCUGCUGUAUGUCCGUCCUCUAACAAAUCAUGUGCCGCCACUUCGAUAUGCCGUGGCGGCAGCAGCAGCGUGCCAUGUGGCAAUCCGCUUUCAGAACGAUUCCCUAAAAGCCAGGAGCCGCGAGUGGCAGCUCAAGGCGAUGGAGCUUAUGCGCCAGAGGCUCACAUCGAAAGCAUUGACGGCGGAUUUUGGAACCGUGCUGACCAUUCUCAUGAUGGCUCAAAACGAUAUGUGCACCGGCGACUGUGCCGAAUUUGACACGCAUCUUCCCGCUGCAAGGGCCUUUGUCGACGAACAUGGUCAGAACCUCCCAGACCGAGGCUACUGUGAACAACGACUCGCGUGGCUCGAUAUCAUCCGCUCCACAACGUCAGACCAUUUCCUGACAUUCACUUCCCCAGACCUGAAGAAGGUCUUUAGCCGCUACCGAUCCGCCUCGGGCCACGCGCGUGAAUGGGGCCACGAAGCCUUCGCCUGUCCGAUCGAUCUGCUGGAAUACAUUGUCGAUGUCACCGUACUCUACAAAAUCCAGCCUCGCGGGCAGCUCUUCUCCCAGGCCGCAAUCGAAAAGGCAUCGCUUUUCCUGGAGCGUGUUCGCGGUUGGACGCCUCGCCCGGGCUAUUAUUCGGAGCAGAUGGGACAUGUUGUCAGAGCGUGGCAUGCUGGCGUGCAGUUGUAUGUUAUUCGGCUGUUCCGGCUUCAUCAGCACGGCUGUGGCGAGGGCGAUGCGGCGAUCCAGACUACGGAACUUGUUGAGACGGUGCUUGCGCAGGCGAAGGCCGUGAAAACACCCAGUGCAUGGAGCCAUGCGUCUAUAUGGCCGCUGUUUCAGGCCGCGCUGUGGUUUGAAGAAGCCGAACACCUUGAGCGACGGCAGUGGUUGUUGGACUAUUUCCAGAUGAUAAUGCGGACAUCGGGGUGCAACCAGCUAGAUGUCGCCGCCUCGACAUUAAAGACUAUCUGGAAGAGCGGCGAGUAUUACGAUUCCGUAACUGCGGGAAAUAUAACAGGCUCUCUGAUUCUGUGA